GGCGCCGGGUAGUUUGUGUGGACCACGAUGUUCGCGACACUUGCUCGCCUGUCCAAGGCUUCUCGUCGUACCCUCACUCCGAAACGAGGAAACAAAGACUACUACAAGGGUACACGCCAGGCAUUUCUUCCGGGAGGUCCUCGAACUGGCGCACCAGGAAAACAUGUCGUAAAGGGAAAGGCGAAGUAUCGUCUCGUGGAUGAGAAAGUCAGAUAUUUUGUUGCACCUGCAAUUGAGGAUAUCGAGAGCUCACCGUUACGACCAUACGUCUACAAGGCCGUGAAGCUGAAGGAGAAGCAAAAGGAUGAGAUAUACGGAAAAUUACCUCCAGGAGGUCUCACGGGAAAGCAUUACUUCAAGAUCGCCCCGAGAACGGAUGGCUCACCGUCAUGAAACAUACAACCUCCUGCUCUAUCUGUUAUAUCUUAUGUACGUCCAGCGGCGAAUUGACUGCAUGGGCCUCUAAUCUAUCUCUGUUUUCCGAUGUCACAAAUUAGGUUGGUCCGAGUUAAUAGUGUCUUCGCUCUUGCUGCAUUGCGGUGCCUUAAAGCUUCAUCUUGGGUGUCUUGGUUCGCUCCAAGUCUCGACUUCGCGUCAUGAACUCCGGGUUAGAUAAAUUAGACUCAGAGCUAUCAUUGUGGCUAAACCAGCUCCUAUCGAGUCGAUACUUAUGUUCCCAG